CAAAAUUUGGUGUGUUUUGGUUAGUCAACAACUUACUACUGAACUAAACACAAUCCAUUCAUUAAUAAUUUCAUAACCAAACGUUCUAACCCCAUUAAACCAAAAAUAUCUUUCUAUAUAUUUAUAACCAAAGCUUUUCCCUCCACGCCACCUUCAAUAUCAUUCAUCGAUCAUCAUCACACACCAUGCGUCAUCAUCCAUACAAACGCAAACCCAUCACCGUCUUCUCCUUCUUCUUUCUUAUCUAUCUCAAUCUCCACAGCCCACAGACCAUAGAAGCUCGAAACCCAUCUCAGUUCACUAUUAACCCGUCCCGGCAUAACGUCAAUAUACCGGAAAUAAAACGUCACCUUCACCGGUUCGGUUACCUCCAACGCAACAACGUCUCGUUUGAGCAAGCUCUCUCACGUUACCAGAAAAACCUCGGUCUACCGAUAACCGGGAAACCAGAUUCCGACACGUUGUCACACGUUCGGUUACCAAGAUGCGGAUUCCCCGAUGACGUGGACUCCAAAACGAUGGCGUUUCAUACAAAACAAAAAUACGUGUAUUUCCCCGGAAGGCCCAGGUGGACGAGAGACAUCCCACUGCAGCUCACGUACGCCUUCUCGCAGGAGAACCUCACCCCUUAUCUAACACCAACGCAAAUUCAGCGCGUGUUCCGACGCGCUUUCGCCAAGUGGGCCUCGGUGAUCCCCGUCAGCUUCGUCGAGACGGAGGACUACGAAAUCGCCGACAUCAAAAUCGGAUUCUUCGCCGGAGAUCACGGCGACGGAGAGCCGUUCGACGGCGUUUUAGGCGUGUUGGCGCACACUUUCUCUCCCGAGAACGGUAGGCUUCAUCUAGACAAAGCGGAGACGUGGGCCGUCGAUUUCCACGAGCAGAAAUCAACGGUGGCCGUCGAUCUGGAGUCAGUUGCUGUGCACGAGAUAGGUCACGUGCUUGGGCUGGGCCAUAGCUCGGUGAAAGACGCGGCUAUGUACCCAACUUUAAAGCCCAGAAGUAAGAAAGUGGAUUUGAAUGUUGAUGAUGUCGUUGGAGUACAGUCUUUGUACGGAACCAACCCAAAUUUCAACUUAAGUAGUUUGCUCGCGUCGGAGACUUCGACCAAUGUAGCUGAUGGCAUGUUGGUUCGGUCUGAAGGAGUCAUCUAUUCAACUUUGGGUACUCUUCUCGUUCUGGGCUUUCUUAAUCUUUAGGUUCGUAUAAUAGACCCACAGAUCGAUUAAUUCAAUCUCAAAGUGUAUAGGAUCAUCAUAGAUACAUGGAAUACAAUUAAGUCUUCUUUUUAAAAAAACUCAAGACUGUUGAGUGUAU